GUAUUUUUGAAUUGAAGCUUACCCACUCUUUUUUAUCCAAAGAAUGAAUUAUCGAUCUCUCAAUUCAAUCAUUCUAAGCUAUUGCCCACGAUGAAACCAAUACGUUCCUUACCGACGACGAAUAUCAUAUUCAAACCUCUAACUCCGCGUCCAUGCCGUGGCCCGAAUUGCCUACGUGGCAACCUACAACAAUGCCGAACGUUCCUUUCACGCAAGCGAACAUCCUACCGUGCCCUUGAAGGUUAUAACAUUAAUCGCAUGCGCUCCGAAUCAUAUGACUACUAUACACGACGGCGAACCUUUCUCUUAUGCGGUGCGAUAUCUGGUUUCGUCGGUAUAUUCUACUCAUCCUAUUUACUCUACCAAAAUAUCCAAAAACCUACGAAGUUAGAUAGCGGAUUACCCGACAAACUAGACCCUUUCAGCACCGAGGCUGGCUCGAAGCGUAAAACAGUUAUUCAUGAUGGUGAUGGGACAGAGCUUGUACCGACGGGAAACAGCACCGUUACUACAUUUCCGCGACUACUGGAUCUCGAGCUUGGGGCCUCAGAAGGUCAAGAGAGGAUCAAUGGUGUGGAGUAUACCUUAGUUGGACUAGGCGUAAGAACGGUGAGCUUCUUGGGUAUUCAGGUGUAUAUGGUGGGAUACUACAUCGCAACACAAGAUAUUGCUGCUAUUCAAUCGCGCCUAAUCAAGGAGAUAAAUCCGAUCGCGACAACAUUGGUACCCAACGAGAAGGAGGAAUUACGCAAAGCGCUGCUAGAUCCAGUGCGGGGAGAAAAGCUGUGGAGUGAUAUUCUAUUGGAGGUCCGCCCACGCUCCCUGUUCAGAGUUGUCCCCGUGAGAGAUACCGACUUUCAUCAUUUGAGAGACGGUUUCGUGCGGGCAAUCACUGCGAGGUCACAAGGCAACAAUCGUGACUUUGGAGACGAGUCAUUUGGAGAAGCUAUGAAAGAGUUCCGAGGUUUAUUCAACCGAGGCAAAGUACCCAAGGGCCGUGAGAUGUUGUUGGUCAGAGAUGCUGCUGGGCAGCUGACCAUUACCUUUGAUGCUGGCAAGGCCGGUAUGGGCACCAUCGGACGUGUCCCUGAGGAACGGGUAUCCCGAUUGUUGUGGCUUAACUACCUAGCCGGUAGUAAGGUUGCGUCUGAACCGGCAAGGAAGAAUAUUGUCGAGGGCAUCAUGGAGUUUGUGGAGCGACCUGUGGGUACCGUCGCGACACAAGUGAUAUGAUACAUAUGCCGGACUCACCUAUAGCUGAAGGUUGUACGUUAUUUCUGAGCGCCAAGGAGUUGUACAUUUGGUGUAUAUUAUGCAGCAUUCCAUUUCACUCUACAGUGUCAUUCAGCAGAGAAGCAGCAUCGUGAUCAUGCCCAUUAUUGCCCAUUUUUUACUCUACUACCUACCAGCUACUUGUCUUCUUCGGUAAUGCAAAAUAGCCCGGAUGAUUCGAAAGAGAUGUUACUUGGCCGGGUAUACUAGGCUAAAGAUCCGAAUGCGACAAUCUCUUUAUUCACCUCCUCGAUCCGAGUUGCU